UUUUAAAUGACAAAAAUAAUGAUAUCAUUAAUUUAUCACUUAAGAUAUUAAUAAAUAUAAAUAAAUACUAAAAAACAUAACCGUUAUUAACACAAGAUGAUAACAGUUGUCAGAAUGCUAGUAAGGAGAAGGGAGAUAAUUUUAUUUGGUUGAUUUUAUAUUUAUACAGUCAAAUAUUAUCAUCAUGGGUGUCAACAUGGCACAGCUGCCUGUAAAGGCACAUUAUUUUUUUUUCAUGGCAGCAAUGGGACCAAUUUUACCGUUUCUUCCUGUUUAUGGAAAACAACUUGGUGUAACACCAGAUGUUAUGGGAAUGAUAACAGGAGUUUUACCAAUUUUAUAUUUCAUUGCUAAGCCAAUUGUUGGCUUUAUUUUAGAUUAUUUCCAUAAUCAAAGAAAGCUCAUUUUCAUUGGAAUAAUUAUUGGCUCGUCAUUGUCAUUUAGCUUAUUAUAUUUUACACCAAACAAUUUACACAAUGAAAGUCAUGAUAAUAAGUAUGACAAUGAUGUAAAAAAUAUAACUGUAUCUUUUGCAAAUGAUUCAGCAAAUUUAUAUACAAGUUUACCAUUUUGGCUGUUUGUUGUGUUAAUGUCCAUUGGAAGUAUUGGAUUUAAUGUGUCAAAUUCAAUGAGUGAUGCAAUUUGCUUUGAUGUACUCGGAGAAGGUCAAAGCAUGGGCUAUGGUCGACAGCGUGUUUGGGGAACAAUUGGUUUUGGAGUAACAGCAGCAAUUUCUGGAUAUUUAAUUGAUGCAUUAUCAAAUAAUAAAUCAAAUGUUUCUUAUACACCAUCAUUUAUUUUAUGUAUUAUAUUUACAAUUUUUGAUUCAAUUUGUUGCACAAAACUUGAGUUACCAAUUAUAAAUAAAUCUGAAAAUAUUACAAAAGAUGUUUUAAAACUUUUAAAAAGAAAAACAAUUUUAAUAUUUUUAAUAUUUGCUGUUAUUGUUGGAAUAAUGGAUAGCUUUAUAGCAUAUUUUUUAUUUUGGUAUGUUGAAGAUUUGGGUGUACUUACAAAAACAAUUGACAUAAAAUUAAUUGAAGGUCUUAUUAUUGCUGCUGAAACACUCGGUGGAGAAGUUAUAUUUUUUUUAUUCUCAGGUAAAAUAUUAAAAACAUUUGGAUAUGGAUACAGUAUGACAUUUUGUUUCUUUUGUUAUGCAUUACGAUUUUUAUUAAUAUCAAUUGCAACAAAUCCAUGGUGGAUUGUACUGGUUGAAUUGAUAAUGCAAGGUCCAACUUAUGCACUUUGUUAUACAAUUAUUGUUGGCUUUGCUAGUGUUAUUGCACCACCAGGUACAUCAUCAACUGUUCAAGGAAUAUUCGGAGGAAUGGAUGAUGGUUUUGGUUUUGCUGUUGGUUCCUGUAUUGGAGGAUUUUUAUUUAGAAAAAUUGGUGGCCAAAGAACAUUUAGAAUAUUAUCAAUACUUGCAGCUAUUACUGGAGUUGCAUUUUUUAUUGUUUAUCAGACAAUACUUAAGGCAAAAAUGCCAAAAACAAAUACAAAAAAUGAUAAGGAACUUGUGGAUAUUGUUUAUAACAAUCCAAAAGAUGCCAUUGAUUCGUGCCAUGAUUAAACUUGAUGAAAUUAUUAUUUACUUAGUCUAA